CACUGCUACCCAAUAGGCAGUUUUCUGGACCGCUUUUUUGACAGUUUACAGCGUGCUUGAUGACACGACAGCCUCAAUUGCUUGACCGCCUAUCUUUGUUUCGGAGUCGUUUGGUAGACCUCGGAGUGCCUUUCGUUGAUUUAACCCUGCAUUGCGACCAUUGCUGGCGUGACCGACCACUCCGAUUGCGGACCCUUGACGGUCCUAAAAACAAUAAAUUGCGACCUAUCCUAUCUGCUCAGCUUCGUCUGUCACACUAAUUGAUUCGGUCGCUGGCUGCAAUACUUCUAUUGCGACGGCUGAAACCUGAGAAAUACUGCGAUGUGUCGUUUUCUGGUAUACAAAGGCCGAAAUGAGAUCCUUCUCAGCAAAUUAGUCACAGAGCCGAGUCACUCGAUAUUGACACAAUCUUACGAUUCGCGAUUACGACUUGACACACGCCGCCCGGUCAACGGUGAUGGCUUCGGCGUCGGUUUCUACCCGGAUCCCAAACUUGGCCCAGAACCGUGCAUUUUCACAUCGACUUUGCCGGCAUGGAACUGCGAGAACUUGGAGCGUCUAGCCAGUAAAACCUGCUCAAAUCUCAUAUUCGCCCAUGUGCGGGCAACAACAGAGGGCACAUUAGCCGAUAACAACUGCCACCCCUUUCAACACAACUCCUUAAUGUGGAUGCAUAAUGGCAAUAUUGGUGGUUGGAAAUAUAUAAAGAGACCAUUGGCAGCAUCGCUAGAAGAUAAGUGGUACCUGGGCGUGAAAGGGGGCACAGACAGUGAAUGGGCAUUUGCACUUUUCCUAGAUCUAAUGGAGAAAGGAGGUGCAGACCCUAGCUCUGAUCCAGGACCUGACGGUUUUGGCCAGGCAUUUUUACGGCAAAUAAUGUUCCAGACAAUCGCCAAAAUCAAUGAAUUGAUUCGCCAAAUCCCGGAGAAAUAUAAAGUUACAGAUCUCGAGACAAGAAGCUUGCUCAACUUUGCAGUGACAGAUGGCCACACAGUGAUUUGCACACGGUAUGUCAGCAGCAAGACAGAUGAGCCAGCAAGUCUAUACUUUUCCUCCGGCACGAAAUGGAAAGAAGGUAAAACAAAGGGUCAUUUCAAGAUGGAGCGUCACGACAAAGGGGCGGACAUCGUCCUUGUGGCUAGCGAACCUAUUACCUUCGAAAGGCACAACUGGGUCACUGUUCCGACCAACUCAAUCGUUACUAUCCAUAAGCAGACUGUACUAGUACAUCCGGUUUUAGACGAAUUCUAUAAUGACGACCCCAAUCAUGACCGAUCGUCUGUUUACGCCCUAUCUAAGGGCCUCGCACCCCCAGCUGUUGUCGCACCGAAGAAAAACGGUGCCGUCAUUGACGCGGACUCCGAAAAAUCAACUGAACGAGCACAGCUCGAUUCUCUGGCGCGCAAUGCCGCGCAGAUUCAACUCGCAAGUUGACAUGUUUUCGCUCUUGGUCUACAAGGUACACAUGAAAUUGACAUUGAAUAAUGACGUAUGCUAUGUUGGAAUUUUAAACUGGAGUUUGGGUUCAUAGCUAGGGAACAUUGGAGGAGUUUUCACAAUUUGGGUAUCUCUAAUUAAAUGCAUAUCGAAGCUAUAUAAUACAAACA